AUGUCAGCUCAAUCUACCGCCCCAUCCACACCCGAUGUCGCUCGAGACUUCUCCGACCUCGAAAUCUCCUCCACAGUCACAAGUCCUGCCGCUACUCGACCUUCAUCCCCCAUCCCAGCUUCCUUACCUCCAUCCCCACUUCCAUCGGGAAAACACAAGAUUGCCGUGAUUGGAUCAGGAUCAUGGGGAAGUGCUCUUGCUAAAAUCGCAGCUGAAAACGCUGUCAAGAGAAAUGAUGAAUUCCACUCUGAAGUUAGAAUGUGGGUAAGAGAGAAGAUUGUAAAUGGAAAACCCCUCACUCAUGUUAUCAACCGAACUCACCUCAACUCUCGAUAUUUACCAGAUAUCAAACUUCCUCGAAACCUCGUUGCUACGCCUCAUCUCAAGGAUGUAGUGAAAGAUGCUACCUUGAUCGUAUUCGUCGUUCCACAUCAAUUCCUUCACACCGUUUUAGGGGAAUUGAGUAGACCAGGUGUACUUCACCCUGGCGCUCGAGCAAUCUCAGCGAUCAAAGGUGUCGAAGUGAAUGGAACAGACAUCGAAACUUUCGCCAGUUUGAUCGAAGGCCGAGUUGGUACUCCUUGUUCAGCUUUAAGUGGCGCUAACAUCGCAUUAGAAGUUGCUCUUGGUCAAUUCUGUGAAACAACUAUCGGUUGUCCUACUCAUGAAGACUCCUUACUUUGGUCAGCAGUCUUCAACGCCCCCACAUUCCGAGUCAGUGCAGUAGAAGAUGUUAACGGUGUAUCGCUCGGUGGAGCCUUAAAGAACAUCGUAGCUCUCGCUGCUGGAUUUGUCGAUGGUUUAGGCUUGGGAGGAAACACCAAAGCUGCUAUCUUGCGAAUUGGUCUAGGUGAAAUGACUGAAUUCUGCUUGGAGUUCUUCGAGGGAAGUCAAAGAGAAACUUUCUCAAAUGAAUCCGCUGGUAUCGCAGAUCUGAUCACAACAUGUUACGGAGGAAGGAACAGGAAAUGUGCAGAAGAAUUCGUCAAAUCAGGAUCAACAUUCGAUGUGAUCGAAAAGAAAUUGCUUAAUGGUCAAAAACUCCAAGGCACAGCCACUGCUGAAGAAGUCCACAACUUCCUUCGAGCAAGAAAGAGGGUUCAUGCCUAUCCAUUGUUUGAAAAAGUAUACCAAAUCGCUUUUGAAGGAUUACCACCUAAAUCUUUAGUUCGAGGAUUAUAA